AUGAUUCCUGGCAUGCAGCGAAUCUUCCUCAAGACGCAAGGAUGCGCUCACAAUGUGAGUGACGGCGAGUACAUGGCAGGGCUGCUCGCCUCCUACGGCUACGAGAUCACGGAGACAUGGUCGGAGGAUGUCGAUUGCUUCCUCUUCAACAGCUGUACUGUGAAGGGGCCAAGUCAAGACUCGUUUCUCAACAUGGUAGCCAAGGCAAAGUCGUCUGGGGCGUCAGUGGUAGUGGCAGGUUGUGUGCCUCAAGGGGAGCCGGGACGAGGAGAGUUUGACGACGUGAGCAUCAUCGGUACCCAGCAGAUCCACAGAGUCGUGGAGGUCGUCGAGGAGGCGAUCAAGGGAAAUACAGUGAAGCUGCUCGGACAGAGGGAACGGCCUGCACUUGAGCUCCCCAAGAUCAGAAGGAACGCCUUGGUUGAAAUCGUACCGAUUAGCAUGGGAUGCUUGAAUCACUGUACAUACUGCAAGACAAAGCAUGCCAGAGGUGACCUGGUGUCUUACACUCCUGACUCUAUCGUUUCGAGAGUCCGGACUGUGAUAAGCGAAGGCGUGAGGGAGGUCUGGCUGUCCAGCGAGGACACAGGAGCGUACGGCAAGGACAUCAACGUGUCCCUUCCGUACCUCCUUGGCGCGAUCGUUGACGCCCUGCCUGAUGGAGUCAUGCUCCGAGUCGGAAUGACAAACCCCCCACACAUCUUAGAGCACAAGGAAGCGGUUGCGAGGGUGCUGAACCAUCCCCGCGUCUUCAAGUUCCUUCACAUCCCUGUGCAGUGCGGCAGUGACAAGGUUCUCCAAGACAUGAAAAGAGAGUACACAAGAAAAGAUUUCGAAGUUCUGGUGGAUUACCUGCUUGAGCACGUGCCAGAUAUCACUAUAGCAACUGACAUCAUCUGUGGCUUCCCGACGGAAAGUGAAGAAGAUUUCCAGCAUACUAUGGAUCUCCUCGACAAGUACAAGUUCCCCAUUGUCAACAUCGCUCAGUUCUACCCUCGACCCGGAACUGUUGCAGCAAAGAUGCCGAAGCUGCAGAGCGGGGUAGUGAAGGACAGGUCGAGGCGAGUAACAGCUCACUUCGAGAGCUACCGCACGUGGGAUCACCUGGUUGGGAGGAAGGAGCGCGUGUGGGUGAUAGAGUACGGAAAGGACGAGAACUAUGUGGUAGGACACACGGCAGGGUACACGCAAGUGCUGCUUCCUCGGGACGCGAAGCUGCUUGGUCGGUCGGUGAUAGCGCAGGUGGUGAGUGCAGACAAGUGGAGUGUGAAGGGGGAGGUGGUCGAGGUCCUUGAGGAGGAGGCUCUCCCGCAGGUCAGCAUCGCCCGCAAGAACAUCCUGCCCAGCCCAUCCGAGCUGAAGGCUCAAAAGCUUCAUGUGGCUGGGAGAAACAAGGUGACCAACAUCAUCGAUCAAACGGCUGCACAUGCAGAGCGAUCGAGGCCCGGGAACUUCGGGGCGAAGAAUGCCUCAGCAACUGCGUCGAAAGAAGAUUUGAGGAACAGAUUCUUCUCGUGGCUCCUCUUCGCGUUGCUUGUGUUAUUCUUGCUCUGUGUCAUAGAUCCUUUCAUGACCAGCUGCGUGACGGUCGGCUGUGUACUCAUGACUGCUCAGCAACGCAAGAAGGAGAAAUCGACGAAGAAAGAGAGCGAUUGUUGUUCAGGUGGCUGUAGCGGCUGCGAUUGUGGUUAG